AUGUCUAUUUGUGUCACUACCUUUCUUCUCCUCUUAGCCACGGUUACCACUAUCUCUUGCCUCCAAGAGUUGGAGGUGGUACAAAUGGCUCAUACCCAAGUUUUGCAAGCUAGAAAUUGGGUCCAAGCCUUUGUGGCAUUACAUAAAUCUAGCCAAGAUUGGAAUAAUCAUGUUGGUAUGUCUCUUAGUGACUGUGCUAAGCUCUACGAUGAGAGUGAGUCCCGGCUUGCUCGGUUAUUCUCCGAUGAGAGUUACACACAUGAUGAUGCUCGUACGUGGCUAAGUGGUGUUUUGGCGAACCAUAGGAGUUGCUUGGAUGGGUUGGGUGAGAAGGGUUUUGCUGAGGCUCAUGAAGUGGUAAAAAAUUUGACCAUGCUAUUGAGUGAAACUCUUGCUUUGCAUGGGAAGAGUUUGGGCAAGACAAAGGGAAAGCCAAAUGGACAAAAAAUGGACCAAAAUGGGGGCAAUUUAUUAUCAUGGAAUCCAGCAACUUCAAAGGCCAAUUUCAUAGUGGCAAAAGAUGGGUCUGGCACUCACAGAACAAUCAACGAUGCAGUUGCUGCUCUUUCCAGAAUGAGUCGCAUUCGAUCCCAAAGAGUGAUAAUCUAUGUGAAAUCUGGAGUUUACAAUGAGAAUGUGGAAAUUGAAAGGAACAUGAAGAAUGUCAUGUUGGUAGGUGAUGGCAUGGACAAAACAAUUGUCACUAGCAACCGAAAUGUCCCAGAUGGUUUUACCACUUUUAACUCAGCUACAUUUGGUGUAUGGGGGGAUGGUUUCUGGGCAAGGGACAUGACAUUUGAGAACACAGCAGGUCCCCAAAAGCAGCAAGCAGUGGCCCUAAGGGUGAUGUCAGACCAUGCUGUGUUCUAUCGAUGCAGCUUCAAAGGGUACCAAGACACUCUUUUAGUGCACUCCCUAAGGCAAUUUUAUCGCGAUUGUCACAUAUAUGGCACAAUCGAUUUCAUAUUCGGUGAUGCCGCAGUUGUCUUCCAAAACUGUGACAUCUUUGUCAGGAGGCCAGCUGAUCCAAAUGAAAAUUCAGGAAUUUCAAUUCAAGGUUCACGGGUUAAACCAGCACCUGAUUUUGUUGGUGUCAAAAAUUCAUUUAGAACUUACUUAGGUAGGCCAUGGAAAAGAUAUUCUAGGACUGUGUAUAUGAAAACAGACCUAGAUGGUCUAAUUGAUCCAAAGGGGUGGAUAGAAUGGCUAGGAGACUUUGCACUUUCUACACUAUUCUAUGGGGAGUAUAUGAACACAGGUGUUGGUGCCUCUACUAAAGGGAGGGUGCAAUGGCUUGGUUUUCAUGUGCUUAAAAAUCCUCACGAAGCUAGUCCUUUUACAAUUAGUAAUUUUAUCCAGGGGGAGUCAUGGAUUCCAAUGACUAGUGUGCCAAUGGGGCCUGGAAUUUAA